AUAUUUCGGAUACAACAAGAAGAAGAAUGUAUUAAGUAUAGAAGUAACGUUUGAUCAUAUUCAUUCUUUAUUCUUCGUUGCUGUAUGCUACAUUGAAUAAUAUAAAGAAGAUGAAUUUUGGAGUGGAUUGGGAUGCUGAACAUCGGCGUAUUUUGCUGGAUGGAAAUGCAGUAUUAGAACGUUCGGCACAGUCGGUCGCAAGAUCGCAAGUUGUCGCUACAGAAAAUGAGCAAGUUGGUACAGAAGUGAUCUCUGAGUUAGGUGAACAAAGGGAUCGUCUCUUGCGAGCAAAACGGAGAUUGUCACAGACAGAUGAGGAAUUGGAUAAAACGAGAAAAAUUCUUAAUAUUAUGCGAUUAAAGGUUUUGACAAACAAAAUUGUGCUAAUCUUGAUUAUUUUACUAGAGUUAGUUAUUCUUGGUAUAAUUGUAUAUUUAAGAUUUUUUCAUAAAUAAGCCGUCUACUAUUAAGCUUGAUAAACUAAG